AUGAAUGGGUUUGCGGACCACGGCCUCGACGAGGAUGCCUUUGGGGAGAAGUCGACCUUGAAGGGUCUCCAGACAUUCGAUGCUUUUCCAAAGACAAAGCCCUCGUACACCACCCCCUCUCGCCGCGGCGGGCAAUGGACCGUCCUGAUCCUCGCCAUCUGCACGCUCUUCUCCGUCACUGAAUUCCGCACCUGGCUCCGUGGCACUGAAGCGCACCACUUUACCGUCGAAAAGGGUGUCUCGCACGACCUCCAGCUCAACCUCGACGCCGUCAUCCGCAUGCCCUGCGACACCCUCCACAUCAACAUCCAAGAUGCAGCUGGUGACCGCGUGCUUGCCUCGGAGAUGUUGAAGAAAGAGCCUACCUCAUGGAAGCUGUGGAUGGACAAGCGCAACUACGAGGGGUUUACGGGGGGGAGAGAAUACCAGACGCUUAGUCGCGAGGAUGAUCGGAGACUGAAGGACCAGGAGGAAGACGCGCAUGCGAGGCAUGUGCUUAGUGAGUUGCGGCGCAACCCCAAUCGAAAGUUCCCCAAGGGGCCGAAGCUCCGGAGGGGGGAUACGGUCGAUUCGUGUCGGGUUUAUGGGAGUCUUGAAGGGAAUAAGGUGCAGGGCGAUUUCCAUAUCACGGCGCGUGGGCAUGGAUAUCAGGAUGGGCAGAAGCACUUGGAUCAUUCUGUCUUCAACUUCUCGCAUAUGAUUACAGAACUCUCCUUUGGCCCACACUACCCAACGAUCCUCAACCCGCUCGACAAAACAAUCGCAACAACUGAAUCCCACUACUACAAAUACCAAUAUUUCCUCUCUGUCGUCCCCACAAUCUACUCCAAGAACCAAAACGUUCGCCCCGAAACCCUAAACACAAACCUCGACAGCUACCGCAGCAACAAAAACCUCAUCUUCACAAAUCAGUACGCGGCAACCAGCCAGUCCGAGGCGAUCCCAGAGUCGCCUUACCUAAUCCCGGGGAUCUUUUUCAAGUACAACAUCGAACCAAUCCUGCUGCUGAUCAGCGAGGAGCGCACAGGGUUCUUAAAUCUGGUUAUCCGGCUUGUGAAUACAAUCUCUGGCGUCAUUGUUACGGGGGGCUGGCUCUAUCAGAUAACCGGGUGGGUCGUUGAGUUGAGGAAACGCAGGGCGAGUGGGAAGUCGGAGGGGUAUUUGCAUGGGAAAUUAGAGGAGUGA